GCAGGAAAAUCAGUAGAAUCCUUUCCAUUCAUCAAGAAAAGAGUAAGGAUCCUAUCAGGAGCAACUGAAGUCAAGGAGAAUUCCAGUGGAAUAGUAUAUUGGAUGUCCCGUGAUCAACGUAUUCAAGGUCUGGAAGAAGUGUCAUCUGAAUGCUCAACAUUGGGCAUGAAUUUCCACCUUUUGCGUGGGGAAGCCAAGUCCAGCCUGGUGAAAUUUGUGAAGGAUUAUGAUAUUGGUGCUGUUGUGACAGACUUCGCUCCCCUUCGUGUUCCCUUGGGGUGGGUUGAGGAUGUUAAAAAGAAUCUCCCCAAUGAUGUUUCAUUAUGCCAGGUGGAUGCACACAAUAUUGUUCCUUGCUGGGUUGCCAGCGAGAAGUUGGAGUAUGGGGCCCGCACCAUUCGACCAAAGAUCCACAACAAACUUUCUGAGUUCCUCACUGAAUUCCCUCCUGUCAUCAACCAUCCAUACCCACCCAAAAUUAAGGCAGAGGCAAUUGAUUGGGAUGAAGUACAAAAAUUCUUGGAAGUUGAUCGCAGUGUUGAGGAAGUGCAAUGGGCAACACCUGGAACAAGAGCUGGAAUGCAAAUGCUUCAUGAAUUCAUUCAGAAGCGCCUGAAGCUCUUUGGAGAGAAACGCAAUGAUCCCACAGUUGAUGCCUUAAGUAACCUCUCCCCGUGGUUUCACUUUGGUCAGGUGUCUGUGCAGAGAUGUAUUCUUGAGGUGAAGAAGCAAGGGAAGAGCAAUUCAAAGUCAGUGGAAGCAUUUGUGGAAGAAGCAGUUGUGCGACGUGAGCUGGCAGACAAUUUUUGCUUCAACAAUCCCAACUAUGAUUCCAUCAAAGGCGCUUAUGAUUGGGCUCGCAAAACCCUCAAUGAUCACAAGGAUGACAAGAGAUCAUAUCUCUACACCAGAAAGGAAUUGGAGGAAGCGAAGACCCAUGAUGAUCUCUGGAAUGCUGCUCAGAUCCAAAUGGUGAGUGAAGGAAAGAUGCAUGGGUUCCUUCGUAUGUACUGGGCCAAAAAGAUCUUGGAAUGGACAGCAAGUCCUGAGGAAGCUCUGACAAUUGCCAUCUACUUGAAUGACAAGUAUGAGCUAGAUGGACGGGAUCCCAAUGGAUACGUUGGAUGCAUGUGGUCAAUAUGUGGAAUCCAUGAUCAAGGAUGGGCUGAAAGACCUGUCUUUGGGAAGAUUCGCUUCAUGAACUAUCAAGGAUGCAAGAGAAAGUUUGAUGUGGACUCCUUUGUCAGGAAGUAUAAGGCAAGAGCUUUCAGCAAGAAGUAGGCUCAUCUUAUCAACUGUCCAUUCCAACCACAUUAAGAUAUCUAUGAUGGCAUGCUAGACUUGAGCAGGCAAAUCUCAUUGUACCUGAUAAAGAGAUG